UUGACACAAUUUCUGGCCAAGCAGUUGCACGGUGGACAAUUGGACGUAAUGCAUCUCGGCAAAUUAAUGCGCCUGAUUUGUUUUUAGAAACGGAGUUUAUGACCGGUCCGUGGAGAGGAUACAGAGCCGCAGUAGGCUACCAUUCGCUGUCAGGGCUACUGGUUUUUUGUUGAUGUCAUCGGUAGCCGUGUUCGAACAGGAGCGACCGUCAAUUUAUAGUCAGGAUUACUAGAAUAACAAAAUAAAGCCUACAAUAAAAAAGUAGCUAGGUUUUUUUUGUGCGCACAGUGAGUAUGGGAAUUCUAACGCACUGUGUUUUACUUUUUUUAUUCCAGCAUUUGACGUCCGCUUAUGCUUUUAAAGAAGGACUAGACAACGGACAGUAUGCAUUUGUGAAAGAUCCUAGUUUGAAUAUCGAAAAGAGAUCUGCAGAUGUAGAAUUAUUCCAGUUUGACUCUGAAUCACCCGAACACAUUCGGAACAGGAGAAGCGCUGAUCAAGAGGACUGUAAAAGUCUCCAGGGAUUCGACACCAAAUUGACGAACAACACCCACACCUAUUCCUUCAAUGACCUGAGUGGGUCCGUGUCACUGGCCUGGGUUGGAGACGCCACCGGGGUCAUCCUGGCUUUGACAACAUUCCAGAUUCCAUUCUUCAUGUUGAGAUUCGCCCAGUCCAAACUCUAUCGAAGUGAGAACUAUGGGAAGUCGUUCCAGGAUGUUACAAACCUCAUCAACAACACUUUCAUCAGGACAGAGUUCGGCAUCGCCAUCGGACCAGAGAACUCUGGGAAGGUGAUCCUGACAGGUGACGUGUCUGGCAGCCUGGGAUCUCGUAUCUUUAUCUCCAGAGACUUUGGGAACAGCUUUGAGCAGCAGGACCUUCCUUUCAACCCCCUGAUGCAGAUCACAUACAACCCCAGAGAUGCCAAAGUUCUCCUGGUUAUCAGCAACACUAACGAGCUCUGGCUGUCAGAGGACUUUGGAGAGAACUGGAGGAAGAUCCAUGACAUGGUGUGUCUGUUCAAAUGGGGGAUGGACAGUAACAUAUUCUUCACCACCAGCCUCAAUGGAUCCUGCAAUGACUUGGGGAUGCUGGACUUGAGGAGGACGACGGACUACGGGAAGACCAUCAAGACUGUUGCCACUAAGAUCUUCUCUUUCGGCCUGGGGGGAAAGUUUCUGUUUGCCUCUGUUAUGACUGGAACUGGCACUCUGAGGAGGAUCCAUGUGUCGACUAACCAGGGGGAGGAGUGGAACAUGGCUCAGCUGCCUCCGGUUGGCCACGAGGAGUUCUAUUCUAUCCUGGCAGCCAAUGAGGACAUGGUGUUCAUGCACGUGGACGAACCAGGAGACACAGCCUAUGGCACCAUCUACGUGUCAGACGACAGGGGUACCGUGUACUCUAAGUCUCUGGAGCGUCACCUCUACACCACCACAGGGGGAGACACUGACUUCACCAAAGUUACCUCUCUACGAGGGGUCUUCAUCACCAGUAUACUGGCAGAGGAUGGCUUGGUGCAGUCCGUGGUGUCCUUCGACCAGGGAGGGGAAUGGGUGCCCCUGCAGAAACCUGCCAACACCAAGUGUGACUCCACAGCCAAAGACCCCGACAAGUGCAGUCUCCACAUCCACGCAGCUUACAGUGCGGCUAUGAAGCUGAACGUCCCCAUGCUGCCUCUCAGUGAACCAAACGCUGUAGGACUCAUCAUGGCUCACGGGAGUGUGGGCGAUGCCAUCUCUGUGAUGAAGCCUGACGUGUUCGUGUCAGAUGAUGGAGGUUACACCUGGCUGCAGGCCCUGGAGGGACCUCACCACUAUGCCAUCCUGGACUCUGGUGGACUCCUGGUGGCCGUGGAGCACUCUGCUCAGCUCAUCAAAGACAUCAAGUUUUCCACAGACGAGGGCCAGUGCUGGCACGUUCACCAGUUCACCAGCGAUCCCAUCCACUUCACAGGGCUAGCGGUGGAGCCGGGGGCGAGGUCUAUGAACGUCAGUGUCUGGGGCUACAGAGACUCUCUGCUCAGUCAGUACUGGGUAUCUGUCACCGUUGACUUCCGAGAGCUGCUCACUAGAACCUGUGAGGACCAGGACUACGUGCAGUGGCUGGCACACUCUGAUGACAUCAGCGACCCUAACGACGGCUGUAUGCUGGGUUACAAGGAGAAGUUCCUGCGUCUGAGGAAGGCCUCGGUCUGCUGGAACGGACGGGACUAUGAGGUCGACAAGCAACCCGCCCCCUGCCUCUGCACCCUGGACGACUUUCUGUGUGACUUUGGGUACUAUCGUAAAGAGAACAGCUCUGAGUGUGUGGAGCAGCUGGACCUGAAGGACCACCUUCUGGAGUUCUGUCUGCAAGGCAAGGAGGAGCUGCUGCAGACCAGAGGCUAUAGGAAGAUCCCCGGGGAUAAGUGUGAGGGAGGAAAACAGCCGGAGAGAAAAGAGAUCGACCUCAGUAAGAGGUGUGUCGGUGAUCUGCUGGGACCUCAGGAACUACUGAUGCACGGCCAUCUGUCCAGCUCUGCACCCAUCAUAGUGACUGUUUUAAUCAUUGUGCUGCUCGCAAUCAUAGCUGGGGUCCUCAUCGUCAAGAAGUAUGUCUGCGGUGGCAGGUUCCUGGUACACAGCUACUCUGUCCUACAGCAGCAUGCUGAGGCCCAGGGACUAGACGAACCCCUAGACAGCAGCUACACUCAGACCAGAAACAUGGCCGACUUCCACGACGAUUCAGACGAGGAUCUUCUGGAGUAACAGGUUGAACAUGCAGCUCCCAAGAGGACCUACUCGUCUCCUGUCUGUCCUUUACAACCCAGAGACUCCUGCAGCUACAAGAGGAAUCUCGUCUCCUGUCUGUCCUUUACAACCCAGAGACUCCUGCAGCUACAAGAGGAAUCUAGUCUCCUGUCUGUCCUGAGGCUCACUGCUCUACAUCGAAGAACAUGUUUCUUCUAUCUGUACAACCAGAGGCUCGCUGCUGCUGUUCUCUCCUUCGACUCCUGCUACUUCCUCUUUCCCUCCCUCCCUCCACCAUGACCCUUGACCUCUAACCCCUGACCUUCCAGCGCCUGGCGGAGAGUUGUUCCAGUGCAGCUCUCAUCAGUGAGGUAUCCAAUGAGGCUUUGUGAUCUGAGUGAGACACAGCCAGAAUUCAGCAGGAGAGCAGAGGUCCAGUCGGGUUGUUAUGGUUGAUUUUAAAAAAGAAAAUGUAUUCUCAGAGUUCCUUUUCUGUUGGGAUAGAAUGGUUUGUUGGUUCUGGAAUGCUGGUGAAUCUGGAAUCAUGGACCUGCUGUUUUAUGGUCUUUGGGAGCUUCUCUUAAUAUCUACUGUAGCUAGACUCUUCAAAACAAGUGACUGUAAACAGCACCAUGAUGGCAUUACGGGUUAUACAUGCCUCUCCCAUUGCUUGGGACUGGGGAUCUUGGGAAAUAUUACGUAUACGUUUCUAUUGAAGACAUGUCCUUUUUUCCCCCUCCCCUGCACUUACAUAAAGAUCUUUAAUUUUUCAUUGAUGUGAUUCGGGGUUGGUACUAUGUUAAAUAGGUUAUAAUUAGUUACUGUGGCUUGGUAAAAUUACUCUACCAAGCCACACUAUUUCUUAACUAUUUUUGAACUAUUUUGCCUAAAUGAUAAGACGCAAGUGGAAAUAUUUAUAAGCAUUUAAAGUUGGAUAGCAAUAACAUGUUUAGAUCCAGUGUAUCAACACGCUAAGCUUUCAUAGCAGGAAUCAACCUCCUCCUCUAAACUAAAGGGAUUAAUCCUAACAUGAGAAUUGUGUACCUAUCUCAAACAUUCACCUUCUAAAUCAUGCAUCAUUUGUUUAUUCAAGUUAUGAUUUGGCUAUAUUAGAACAAUAGACUUAUUCUAUCUAAACAUUGUAUGCAGUUGUGACUGCCUAAAGCAGUAUAAAAAAAACGUCUGUUUAGUUUGAGUCAGGGGGAUGUAGUAUACAAAAAGCUAUUCACCUCAUGCCUCCUCAUUUCUCUACACAAAUGAUGUUUAAUAUGUUGAGCUAAUCCUACACUAGUGAAAGUAGACCCCAAUGUGAAGGAAGGACUAUAUAGGAAUCGAUCAAACGUAAACACAGGCGCUAAGGCCACUUUUUUUUUUUUUUAGAAAUGUAAUAACUGUCACAUAGAUCUGGACAUCUUUAACGAAGCCAUUUUUGUUAGAAGAAAUUAUUUUAUAAAGCUUAACAACGUUG